AUGAAUAGUGUAAAACUUGCCAAGACGCCAUUGACGCUGAGCUUGAUCCUUUGCAUAACUUUAUACUUCAAUGUAGUCGACGCAUUUUUCAAUUUGACUUGUCGCUGCUUUCCAGGUGAUAGCUGUUGGCCGACGACACAUCAAUGGGACAAUUUCAACAUGACUAUUGAAGGGAGGCUUAUAGCCACGGUACCUAUUGCAAGCUAUUGCCAUAAUGAUGCUUUUGCGCCUUAUGAUGAGCAAAAAUGUGCACAUUUAAAGUCCAUAUGGGGCUUUCCAAAAACGCACUACGAAAGUUCGUCCUCAAUAAUGGCCCCUUACUUCGCUAAUCAGAGCUGCGAUCCAUUCCUUGCCAGAGACGCUCCAUGUCGGAUCGGAACGCACGUUCAAUAUACAGUCAAUGCUACCAAUUUCUUUGAUAUCCAGAAAACCAUCGCGUUCUCCAAAGAACACAACAUUCGCCUUGUCAUUCGUAAUACAGGGCAUGAUUAUCUAGGAAAGUCCACGGGGCCUGGGGCAUUGGGCAUCUGGACUCACCAUUUCAAGGAUAUUGAAGUUAUUGAUUACAGUUCUCGUUAUUAUACGGGAAAAGCUGUCAAGGUUGGUGCUGGAGUCCAGAUGUUUGAAAUAAAUGAGGUCGUGCACGCGCACAACCUGGUAGUAGUUGGCGGAAAUUGCCAAACCAUCGGUUUCGCUGGAGGAUAUUCACAAGGGGGAGGUCAUGGGCAACUCGCAUCUACAUUCGGUCUUGCAGCGGAUCAAAUCUUGGAAUUUGAAGUGAUAACAUCGGAAACAAAGAUUUUGACGGCUUCACAAUCUUUGAAUGAGGAUCUAUACUGGGCCCUUGCCGGUGGAGGCGGUGGUACAUUCGGUGUUGUACUGUCUAUGACUAGUAAAGCUCACCCAGAACUUCGCACCGCUGCAGCAAAUUUGACUUUUACAAAUGCUGGAAUCUCACGGGACACUUUUUUCAAUGCCGCAAAGAUAUUCAUCACAGGUCUCGGCCCUAUACUAGAUGCUGGUGGGGUGAGUAUUUGGCUAUUAACAGAAUCGAUGUUUACUACUACACCCACGACGAUCCCAGGUGGAAGCAAAGACCAAUUGCAAAAGUUGAUGGACCCUAUUUUGCAGACGCUAAAACGUGACAACGUCACAUAUAGGUACUUCAUAGAGGAUUUCCCAUCCUAUUAUGAAAGCUAUCAAGUGAUGAAUCCAGUAUCCAACAUUACAGAAGCUCAACUAGGGGGUCGCCUUAUCCCACGGUCUCUGUUGGAUUCAAGUCCUGGAGUUAUUAUGAACGCGUUUCGAAAUAUUCUUACAUUGAAAAAUACCGCUCUACUUUCCGGAGUCUCUGUAAACGUCUCAAGGCAAGCAGAUGUCCAAAGAAACUCCGUCAAUCCCGCUUGGCGUGAUGCUGCGAUAGACCUUGUAGUUGGAACGUCCUGGAACUAUACCAAUUGGGAUAAUGAUCUAGCCAAUAGAGAGCUCAUCACCAACAAGCUACUCCCUGAGCUAGAGAAAAUAACGCCAGGAGGGGGCGCGUAUCUUAAUGAGGCGGACUCGGCCCAACCAGAUUGGAAACAAGUUUUCUAUGGAUCAAACUAUGAUCGCCUUAGAGAUAUCAAACAAAAGUACGACCCGGACGAUACCUUCUAUGCUAUCACUGCUGUUGGAAGUGAGCAUUGGACGCAGAAAGCAGAUGGAAGGUUAUGCACAAGCUGA